AAAUCAAAGCGCUAGUGGAAGGAAAGGAGCAGACCCACCAAGGAGGACCUCUGCAUCGCAGCUCGGACUUAAAGUCCUCGGACUUCAGUUUUCAUCCUAGACGCAGUGUGAAACCUGAGGAAAGAAUCUAUUCGCAGUCAGGAUGAAGCUAUCAGUCCUGCUCUUUGGUUUCCUGCAGCUGUCCUUUAUCAGUGCGGGACUCCUCGUCCGUGAUCCUCAGUCCAGGGACAGCGCUUUGACCCGCAGCAAGGCUCAGAUCCCCAAGAACACAGGUGAGUUCACGGACCGCCUCAGGAGUCUGUUAAAUCCAAUGAACACUGUCAUUACAAACUAUGUUCAUUAUGAGAGUAAAACUACAGACGUAGAGAAAAACUAAAACUUCAAGGCCCAGAAUUUUUAAAACUAAAGUGACGAUCUCAACUUCGGAACCAACGUUUUUGCGCCGGAAGUUAUUCUGAGGAGAGAUCAUGCAAAUUGCUCUGGGCUUUAUCAGGCUGUGAUUAAUAUUUUUUUUUGCAAUGUUAGUUGUGCAAUGAUGCUUUCAAAGACAUUUUUAUCAAUUUCAUCUAAACAAAAGACAACAAAAGUAGUAAAUGUAUUUAUAAAAUAGUCACAAGGUGUGGAUUUUCGGAUUUUCGUUAACAGCAGUGAAGCCAUACAUGUGUAAAUAACACACAGAAUACAACAUAAUAAACCAGAUAAUGUUCAGAGAAAAUCAAUUACUACUACGUUCAUUUUUAGAAGAUCUUUUCAGUUUGGAGAAGUCUGGUGAGGUGUCUGUAAAUGAAGACAAAAAUUAGGCUAGAUUAAAAGGUGGUGUGUUUCUGUUAUCAAGGUUAAAAUAUGAAAUGGCGCCAAUAUGAAACCAUAAACUUCUGGUUUUAAAAUAAGUUUAUAAGGCUGUUUUUGAAGCUUAUAGCUUUGUCUGUCUUACUGUUUUCGUUGAUAAAUAAAUUUAGGUUAGGCUGGAAUAAGCAUUUUUCCUCUUUCCUUAUUUUGUUUAAACACACAUAAAAUGGUUGUCUUCUGUGUCAUGAUUCAAUGAAAUUACUUUUUACUUCUUCAGUAGGAAAGUAAAGAUACUUAUGAGAAACUGGUGCUUUUUCUCUGCUGAAUUUUUUCUGUUAGUAGAAAGUUUCAUCAUGAGUUGAUGAUUAAAAUCUAUUGUGUCCAGCCCUCAUAGAGCAUGAUGUAAAUUUUGUAAAUUAUGGUCCCAUUCAAAGGUAAACAGGGAAAGAAGCAGAGGAGGAGGCAGAUUUUGUAAAAUAAGUGUCGCUAUCACUGUUCUUCAGUCAGGACGGACGUGCAAUAAUUCAAUGAACGCCCAUAGCCAAGAUGGAUGGAAAUACAGUCCUUGGAGACCAAAAUGGCGAACUUUAAAGCUACUAAAGAAACAGACUGAAAUUAAUACUGUGGCCUCUUCAUGACCCACAAAAGCAAAUUAAACCAACAGUGAGACUGACACUAUGUUGUCAUUUUUAUACUCAAAACUGCUGCCAAGAAAAAGGUACCAGACAGAUGGCUGAAGAAACCGUUUCUCUUUACAGACAAAAUCGCUUGAAGACCCACAAUAGUAGAUCAGACCAUCACCAGUAAGAAUGGCAAUUCUUACUCUUAACUAACACAAAAACAUAAAAAUAGACACUCUUCUUGGCCAAAUAUCUUUUGUUCAUUGACAAAAUUAGUUUUACAGCUUUUUUUCCCCCAACAAAAUCUUCAAAUAUUUCAAUCUUCUGGUAAAUAGUUUUUUUUUUACUUUUAUGCAUGAUGGAGAUGCUUCACUGUUCAUUUCAUAGCUUUUAAAAAAGACCUCACAGGAGCCUGAAUGUACCAUAUAUAUGUCUGACAGGGAUCAUGAAACAAUGAAAAGAAGCUGCAGCAGAAGCAAAUGUCUGGAGUCAACUCAGAAUAUUCGGACAAGCUUUACAAUCCUAAAAGGUUUUUCGAGGUGACACUCUCCAAUCUGCAAAUGCUAGUUCCACAUAUGCUGUCAGGCAGUACACCAGAGAUAUGGGCUUUGCCAAGCUAGAUUAGAUCGCUCAACUCCCCAGAUAAGUCCCACAUAAGGACCUAUGAGAGGCUGGAAAAGAUGGAUUAUUGGCACUGCAUGUCAAUGUGAUUUGAUUUAGCCAAAAAAAGAUAUGACAAAUCAGAAGCCAAAAAAAUAUUUUGGAGGGUUUUUCUUCUACUUACUUCCAUGGACAAAAAAAGGAAGAAAUCAUGCAAGACACCCUUAAAUUAAAAGCAUCUUGAAAUAGUGACAGCCAAAACCAUCUCCCUGAAUUAUCUCUGACUUUUUCUACCAGCACCCGUAAAGUUAACACGCAAAGUCUAAGCAAGUUUAUGGGAGACCAGCAGGAAAUAUUGCAAAAAAAGUGACAUAGAAAUCAUGGACUGAUGAAAAUCUGCUAGAAGAACAUGAAUAAAACACCUAAGUGAAAAAGUUGGGGUUUUUUUUUAAAUUUUUAUCUCCAUUCAGCAGUAAAAACUCCAAGAAGGUUAUAUAGCUGAAAAAAGUAAUAAUACAUAAAAAUUUGGGGGUCAGAGCUCAUAAGAGUGCCUGUAAAACUUCAGGGGUGCACAUUGGAGAAACACUACAAGAAAAGUUUUGAUUGCAUCCCAACACUGUCAUCAUAUGCAAGAAUAGGCACACUUCAAUCCAGACCAAAGUUUUUGUUUCUUCUCUGCCUCUCAGGGCUUUAACAGAUGCUGCUUGUCACCAUAUUUCAUGUGUAUUUUCCCUCUCUUUCAAAAAUGCACAAACGGAAAACAUAUAACCUGAUAUGGUGAUAUGCUAUGGUACUAACUAAGAUUGUAUGAGAAUAAACUGGAAAGUUACUAGGUUUAGUGGUCCACUGGCAUACAUGCCCACAAAAGCUUUGGUUUACAAUUAUUGUACCCCACAAUUACGUCAGCUUUAAUGCUGCAGGGGCUGAGUGUUAUAUGAUUGUUCCUCUGGUCUCUGCUGUUAUAGAAUGUAACAUAUGACUCUGUGAGUCUGAAACUGUGCAAUGUUCUGGUUCUGGGGUCUGAUGUAAAGGUUACUGUCAGGAUAAAAAAGACAGGGUUUAUUGUUGAGUAUUUUUGACAUAUGUUUUCUUCUAAUAGUGCACUCACACACACACACGCACACACAUAUAGAGAUAUAUAUAUAUUUAAAUUUAUAGCUGCAUAAUUUUAUUUUAGCUGUUUUAUAACUCUGGCUGUUUGCCUGAGUUACAACAUAGCAUGUUAUACCAACAUGGAAACUCUAAAGUUGAAUGGCAUUUCAUGGUCUUAACACAUGACAGCCUUAGAUACAAAUGAAGUGGGACAGCUUAAAUCACAUCACACACAGCAGCAUUUAAACAUCUGGACAAACAACAGAUAAUGUUUUCAUCUUACACUUCUCAUACCCAGACUCCCCUGCAGCAGAAUAAUCUGUUAAUCUACUUUAAUGUGCUAAAGUGGGUGUAGAAUUUAGGUUGAGGGCCAUUAGUGAAGCUGGACAGGGGAAAAAACACCUCACAGCUCUGUCUGCACCUGUCUUGAGUUAGUUCCACUUUUUCCUAAAUAUUUAUCACGUUCCUGUCUUUAUGUGGUUUGACCAAAGAGUCCACCAAGAGUGUUUUCGGAACACUAAAAGCCACACAAACAGCACAUUUCCCCAUGGUGUGAACAAAGAUGGAGAGACGAGGUACAGAUGUAAAGUAAUGUCAGGAAUGGGACACUUAUCUCCACAGCUGAGGCCCUCUAGUGGACAGAGAAAGAACUGACUCACCGCUGCAGGGCCUCAUGCUUUCUUUUGAUCAUAUAAUAGUUUAACUAUGUUUGUCUUUCACUGAUUUGAUUUUCAGAAAUCAUAUGAUUUUAUUAUUAAUAGUCAUAAUAUUUUAGUUAUUGUGUGAUAAGACCAUUACAAUGUGAAACUUGCAAAGUUUACUGUACUUAAAUGCAUUUGCAAGGUGUGUGGGGUCAUUUUUGUGUGUUAGUUAAUAUCUAGCUGCCUUUUUAACUGCUAUAUUAUGCACUCAAAGUUUUAUUGAUGCGCUUGCACUGGUUUUAUAAUCAAUCAGUAUACAGUCCAAAGAGGACCUGCUUUUCAAACUAUGUGGUACAUAUUAAUGAAACCUUUAUAUUACAUACAUGUUUUUUUAAUGCCAUUAAGACCUAUAUUGUGAGAAAACAAUUGAUUUCAGUGAGGUCCUUUUUUGGACCUCCUCCACUAAGUUACAGAGUAACUUGGAUUAAAGCAUAUUUUCCCCAUAAAUAUGAGUCUUCAGACACAGACUGCUGUAUUUUAGGAAUUACUAGAGACUGUGCAAACUACAGAAAAGUUUGGACACCAUAUAGAUUAUUAUUUUAAACAGAAUUUGAUGUGCUGAAAAUCGUUUAAACUCUGUCUGUUUAAACUCUCAAAUAUACUGCAAAGACAAUGUAGAUCAAUUAGAUUAGAUUACAUUAGAUUAGAUACAACAUUAUGUAUCCUUUUGGGAAGGUUCCCUCAAAGAUAUUAAAACUGUAUUUAAUGUGAAACAACACCUUUCAAAACAGUAUGGACAUGGAUGACAAAACAGUAAAAAUGUUGUAUAAUGCUAAAAAGAAUACCAGAGGUACAUCCUCUAACCAAUGGGAAUAAUUUGCAACAGGUUCAAAACAGGACAGGUCUCUCAAAUACUUAUUGGGAGAGGUUUAACACCCUGAAAGAGAGUGUUUAAGUUAAUAGUUCAAGGACCUCAGAAUAAUGAAUAAUCAAUUGAUAAUGAUAAAUAAUCUGAAGCAUUUAGGGAUUACAUCAUCCACAGUACAUAAUAACAUGAGCAGAUUCAGAGAAUUUGAAGAAAUCCCUGUGCAACAGGGACACAGGCAAAUCUUCAGGCCUUUAGGAUACAAUGCAUUAAAACAGAUAUGUCUCUGUAGUAGAAGUCACUGCAUGGGCUCAAAAUCACUUUCAAGGUCACUUUUUGUUACUGCAUCUACAAUGCAGGUUAAAACUGCACCAUGCAAAGCGUUAACUAUGUAAACAUGAUCCAGAAUUGCAGGCAAUUUCUCUGGGCCUGAGUUCAGCUAAGAUGGACUGAGAGAAAUGGGAAUCCUGAACUGGAACUAGUCUGGAGAAUCCAAAUUUGGCAUUUUUUUGAAAAUUAUUGACACCAUCAUGGGCUUUACUUUCGUGCCCCGCCGCAGGCGUAGCGUAAGUCAGGUCCGCCGCGCCGACAAGGCGUUCCCAAGCACAAUUUGGUAUUUUGAUGAGCGGUGCAGCCCGGCGUAAGUAUCCCCCCUCCCUAACUCAUUUCCUCCCAGCGGCAUAAGUCGUAGCGAGGGAGGAGAGAGGGCGUGGAGUGGGUUAAACACAUUCGAGACCUGUAUUGACCAAUAACAUCAGCUCCUCUCCUCGCCUUUAAAUCCACCACCGGCAAGGCGUAUUACAAUUUUCGUGAAGUAGCCAAAGAGAUCAAGAGAUGUCUGAAGACAGCAAUGCCACACGAUGGCGACAGAAGGCAGCUCCUCAACAAGUGUCGCUGUAAACGCUGCAGAGGGCGUCCUCCACACUCUCUCAUAUAAGCACAAAUGGAUUUGGUGUGUGUAAGUUUGGACCCACUAGUAAGACAAACACCCUUUUCCACAAAUAAAGACACUCACAUAAAGUUGCAUAUAUUCAAACCUCACGUGACAAAGGUGGGUUGUGCACACAGAUCACAACAUAAAUUCCAAUAAUGGCAUUAAAAUCGGAACCAUCUGUGCGUAAUGACCUGGCUCUUUCUUUCAUAGAUGUUGGCAUAUAAAAUAAAUUUGGCUCACAAACUGAAUAUUAUAAUAUUCAUAUGUAGGCUUAAAGUAAAAAACUCAUCUGAUCACUGAAACAAAUCAUCUGUUCAGCCGCAGCAGCAGCAGCUGCUGCAACAGGACAGAGAGAGGACACGGAGACACGGUGUUGUGCCAUAGAAUGUACCCCUGCCGUAGAAUGCACCUCCUGAUGGGAACACGGUUGAAAGAACACAACAAGGCGAAAUAAUCUAAGUUUUCCUUACCGUUGGACUGAUUCUAAAGCGUGUGCCUUAAAUUCAGGCUAUUCAGAUAAGCCGAAAACAAUAGCCCUCUGAUUCGGAAUAUUUGCUGCCCUGAAAAUAUAGUGUUCUCUACCUUAACAGCUUACUGGACAGUUUAUAUACCCAAGUACUCCUCUAUAUGUGCUUUUUUUAAAUACCUAAAAACAGAACGAAAGUUUGCUGCUCCAUUUGACAUGUUGUCAUGAUCCAAUACUCGUGUUUUUUUUAAAUAUGAGAUAAUUUUUUUCCACUUAAAGAAGCUAAUGAGUGGAUGGGAUGCAGGGGAUGCAUUCUAUGGCGGGGUUGCAUUCUACAGCAUAACACCUAUCUAGCUGCACGAGGAAAAAGGAGGAUAAGCGGGUAGACGAAUUAAAUAUCUUGUUAACUUCAUCAUGUGUAACUGUUUACUGGAUAUUUAAUUUAAUGCGGUUUCAGCUGUGUUAAUUCGGUCAGGUUGAGUGUCCAAAUGCGUGCCAAACGUGCUUAUCAGAUCAGAUAAUAUAUCUAUAUAGAUCUAAAUGUAUGUGCUGACUCAGAAUAUUGGUUGUUGAUGAUUAUUUAUUGCACUGAAAUGUGCCUGACACUGUGGAAACCUGCCGGUGAGGCAUCGGUGACGUAUGCCGAUAUGCUACCAGUCUACCAAAAUACCACUAGACCAGCUGCGCUCCGCCUGUGCUGAAAGCUGUCCAGGUUUAAAUCGGUGAGCUUUCAGCGCACUUUACGCGCCGGCAGCGAGCACGAAAAUGUCACUGCGCCAGCUGAUUCUGUUUACACCCCCCCCCCCCCCCCACAAUGCCACCACGCCCAGCUUGGCGGACCUCGGUGCGCCUCAGUCCACGAAAAUACCAAACUGGCUGUACGCCGGGCUUCGCCAGAUGAAAAUACCACUGUGCGGGGUCCGCCACCCGCCGCCGUGUCACCUGUGGACACAAAAAUAGAGCCCCAUGUCUUCAAUCAAAAAAGAGACCACCUAUCCUAUUGUUUGGUGGUCCCAGCUCUGCAGCCAGCAUCCCUAAUGGUAUGGGGAUCAUCAGAGUCCAUGUCAUGGGUAUCUUCCACAUCUGUGAGGGCUCCAUUAAUCCUGAACAAUAUCUACAGGUUUAGGAGAAACAUCUGCUGACAUCCAGACAAAGACUUUUCCAGGGAAGACCUUAAUAUUUCAGCAAGACAACGAUAAACCACAUUCUGACAACAGGGAUUACAACAGUACGGCUCUGUAGGAGAAGAGUCCUGCUGAGAAACUGGUCUGCCUGCAGUUCUGACUUGUCCCCCAAACAUCUGGUGCAUCAUACAAAAAAAAACCUAUAGGCUGUAGAUGAUUAGCAGACCACCAAAAUACUUUUUUCUUCUUCACAUUUCAGUUCUAACUUUCCUGGAAUUGGAGUUGCAUUCAGAUGCCUGGUUUAGGAUUAAAAUUGCACCUGAACAUUCAGACUCAAUGCCUGAAGUGUUACAGUUCUGCAUAUGGGCUCAAAUCUGUGACAAAAACAGCAGAGCAUUUCAACUUUCUGCAUUUAACUGCCAUACCCCUGCUACAGUGUUUGUUUGGACAAUUUCACAACUAAUGUAAUCAGGUGGAGAUGAUCAGAAUCAGGUUUAUUGCCAAAAGCGUCCACACUGCCAAGGAAUUAGUCCUGGAGUUUUGGUUUAUGGAAAUAGACUUAGAGACAGAACAGAAAAUAGGAAUCAUGUAGACAGCAGCACUCUUUCUGCCAGGGUCCAAAGUUUAACUGAAGUUGAAGGAUUGUUACAUGGAACAAAAGCCUGUAUUCUCCCAUAAGGCCAGCAGGAGGAGAUUCCACAGGCUCUAUAUAAUUUCUAUUUACAGGCCUCAUUAAAUCUGUAGGCCUUGGAAGCAUUUCAUGUAAGAUGUGUCUGUUUUCUGCAGGACAAACAGUUUAUAUACGCUUAGCACAUUCCUCCAUAAUAACAUCCACACUAAUUUAUUAUGAUCUAUUGGUGAUUUAUUACUCUUUUUAAAAAUAUCGGUAUGCAGGUCCAACUAACAAUCUGCUAAAGAUCAGUUUUUAAACUGAGACACAAAUCUGCUGUCACUUAAGUGUUUCCCAACUUUCAUUUGGCAAACAUUUUCAAUGCUGUUUUCUCCUACUUAACAGACUUGGCAAAUCUAGCUAUUGCUUUUUACUUACCUGUACCAUGAUAUUAUUUUACCAAACUUAGAUCUGUUGAUUGAGAGAAAAUCAGUUUCUAUUUCAGGUUCAUACAGUUGAAAUAAACCUGAGUAAAAUCUGUGUGUAACUUCCUUACAGGGAAACUGAGACGCACCACAAAGAAAUGGAUUGUGCGUCUCUUAAGAGAUGGUAUUUUGCUUCACAUUUGAUCCAAACUUAAAAAGUAGUUGUUUUACAAAUUGAUAUUUGAAGUGUAAUCCAUGCAGCUUUUGACCAUUACUUCUACUGGCUUGUUCAAAAAGGGCAUGGGUACUUGUUGAUGACUGUGACAAAGAGGAUGAUGGAAUAAUGAGUUAGGCUUGCCAAAAAGAGGUUCGUAACAAUAUAACCCCUCCCCUGAAAAGUUUUACGUUUACUCUCCAGGGUGCGUUUUUUAUUUUUUAUAUUUUUGGAAACUGAUCAACAACGUGUAGAGUCUUUUAGGUAAUGUCUUCGUCAGAGAUAUUCCUCUAAGCAUACCUGCCUUUUGUCUGUCUUUGAUGCUAAAUGGAGCCUUAAACCCAUAAAGAAAAUAAUCCACGAGUUUAUAAAACAAUAAAAACAUUUGUUUUCUCAUAGACGUAUAAACAAUUCAACUUCUUUUUCCUUUCAUUCCCUUGCUGGCUAUCAGACAAGAUGCAGGUUCCUUUUCUGUCCGGCACGCUGGCAUAAGCCUCACUUUUGAAGCUUCUUUGUUCAAAGCACAGAGUGUGAUAAAACACAAGACCACUCAAAAUCAAAGCGAAAACGCUCCUUUUAUUCACACCUGAUAAAAACAUGAGGAUCAAGUCGCCUCCAUGUAGAUGAAAUCAUCCAGGAAACAUUUCCCUGUGGAGACAGAGAUGUACUCUCUAGCAUCUCUACCGUCCCCAUGUUAUCCAGUUCACACAGCUGCUAUUAUAAUAGUGUCACACAUGAGUUAUCAUCAUGAUUACAAACAGAACAAACAGAUCCUGGCUUAAGACCCUCCUUCAGUUUGCCAAACAAUAAAAGAAACAGAGCAGUCAGCAGUCGGAAAACACCUCCAAGUUUUCCUAAAUGUGCCUGACCACAUGUGUUGAUGGCACACAUGGAAAGACCACGAGGCAAAGUUUGAAAGGAUGUUUGUCAAUGUGUGAAAAUUGCAUCAUGGCACAAAAAAUACUACAUGUGGUGAGGAAAACCUAUUACCAGGAGAAUUCAAAGCCAGCGCUUCACUUUCCAGACUCCUGAAACUGGUCUCUUCAGCUCACAAACAUUUACAGUGUUGUUGAAAGAAGAGUUCAUGCAACAUGAUGAUAAAUGUAACCCUUCUAUAACUUUUAAAGGCACUGCUGGUGUCAAAUUUAAAAUUAACAAAUUAUUCAAUUAUUCAUUGAGUUUAAAUGAUUUCAUCAACAUUUGACAAAAAAUUCAGACAAAAUUAAGAAUGUAGGGACAUCUACAUAUCACACUGAUAAGAGAUUCAAGGUGUAUCUUGUCCAUACAAUCUGUACAUAACCGUAAAUUGUUUUAAUAAAUUGUCUGAAUUUUAAAGUGGUGUUUCAGUGAAGUCUUGUGUUGUUUUUUACAGGAUCUGUGAACCCUGGCAGAAAGAAGCCGCUGUUUGCGAGGAGAGGACAGUAUGAACGACAAAGAGUUCGUGCACAGGUAAGUUUUUCUUUCUUUAUACCUGGUUCACACCUGUAGAAAGAGUGAACACGUGUGCUCUCAGGGAUUGUUCUCUCAGCCUCUCUUACUCUCUUUCUAGCUCCAUCAGAUUAUAUUAUAGUACAUUUAGUUAUUGAUAUAAUCACAUCUUGGUCGCAGCGUGUCAUUAAAAAGCUUCAUGUAUUGUCUGGUGAUGAAGAACGGUAAAGGGAGUGACUAAAGGUUUUUAUAUUUAACCUUACACUGGUGCAUGGUUGUAAAUUUGCUGCAUUUUGAGUGUUUAAUUAUCUUAAAAUUAAAAAUUUGUGAAAGCAAAACUGUGUUUAUAGUUAAUUUUUCAAUCUAUUGACAACUUUAGUACUUUUCUAAGCACUCUCAUUUGCCUGAAAAUCUCAGCUGAAGUUUCUUCAAAGUUAAUAAAACUGAUAUGGUGGAUGUUUUCAUUCUUGGUUCCAUUGCGCUAAGACAUAAUUUUUGUAACACAAGCAAACAGACAGUUUUAUUAUGACCAGAGUCAUGUGCUGUAAAUUUAUUGGUUCGGAAAACGUUAUAAUUUGGUUUUUAUUCUACAAAAGACACCCUGCAGAAGAAAAUGAUGCAACAAAAUGAUUAUUUAUUUUCUUUUUCUCUCCCUCUAUGCUUUCCAGAAGCCCAAAAAGGUUCCUCCAAACACCCUCCCCCCUCCGCCUGGAGAGGGACUCAAACCGGCAAAGCCCAAGUGCUCUCAGCUCACGCAGAGCUGCGUGCCGCAGUCGGGCUGCUGCGACUCUGGAGCGAUGUGCCAUUGCCGCUUCUUCAAUGCCAUCUGCUUCUGUCGGAAGACAAACUCUUUAAACAAGAAGAAGAGCAAAACUUAGCGUUUGAAAAAGUCAGGCUCAUGAUUGGCCAACACACACUGACAUAACUGUGUUUUAGCACACAGUUCACUAAAAGCAACUCAAUCACAGAUUGAUGCAUCAUAUGGACAAGAUUAGAGACAUCGCUUUGUAAAUGUAUCAUCUUUAUACAGGACAUAUUCAUAUGUGGAUUUAUAUACCUCUGGUAAAAGGCAGCUGCUUUAAAAACUCUAUACUAAAUAAUAAAGCUUUGCCUCAAAUAUACAGUAUAUUUACUAAACACUACUUUGUGCAUAUUAUCAGUAUUAUUUUAUAGCCAUCACUGUUCCUAUUUUAACACUGCUGACAGUGUUGUAGCAUUUCACAGCUUUCCUCUGUGCCUGUUCUGGUUUUGAUAAUAUGAUUAUCAUUGGCCCCUGAGAGCAAACAUGGAGAAAAUUAAGAAAACUCCAGCACUUACCAAAAGAAGGUCGUCUGGAAACACAUGCACAGCUUUAAGGAAAGGCUCUCCAACACAUAAAUUCAACCUCAGACAAUUAAAUCUAGGAAAUGCCAACGAAACAGACAAAAUGAUGAAUGUUGUGGCAUUUGGUUUGUAUUUGCAGAGCUCUUUCUUCGGUCUUCAGAUUCUUCACUGCACAUUCUUGGAGGUCUUUUCACAGAAAUAUGCUUGUGUGUUGUGUAAUUGUGUAUGUUUUUUACAAUGACCCUGUGUCGUGCUCUAACGUCUGCUGUAGUUAUUAUUUCCUGUCUGUGAUCCACCGAUGAAGCUUUGUCUGAGUGAGAAACAUGUUAAUCCUCAAAAAGACCUAUAGACGUGACUGCAGAAUAUGCUGUAUGUAGCCAAGCUGUCAGAUCAUUUUGCUUCUUUGUACUUAUUCACUCUGCCCCUUCAAUUUAUGGGUACUUUUGCUUGACAAAAUGUCAUACCUUCAUAACAGAACAUAUUUUUAUUUGGGUUUAAAACAGACAUUUAUUCUCAUGGAAAGUUAAGCACCUCUUGUACCAAUAUUUGCUCAAGUAAAACAUGCUGCAAGUUUGAGGAACAUAUUUCUAUUUUGAGUGUAUAGUUUGAUGGUGUCCCGUCUGUUACCAUAGGGAAGGGGAUUAGCUGCAGCAACAGAGGGCUCACAUCUGAACAAUCACCAGCAAUUUUGUGUGUGUUUGAAGGUCCUAGUUCAGAUGAACCUUAUGUCUCUGGGGCUCAACCAAAAAACGAGAAAAGCUGGUUUAACUUCACAGUUUUAACAUAAGAUAGAAUGGAUAAAGAGCUGUUCCACCACUUCCCAAAGAAUAAAGUUGUUGUUUAGCUGUUUUCUCAGAGGCAAUGAUUCAGGAGGAUUUGUGCCACUGAACUUUAGUCUUUGAUUUGACUUGUCGCCUUAAAGUUCUGAAUUUUUAUGAAUCCUGAAAUCAACAUUAUAAGUAGGUAUGAGUCAAACUUGACAAAACAAUCCUUCACGCUGGUUACCUCAUGCCAUAAAGCGGAGGAUAGAUAAAGAGAAAGUGCCAGACUGCUAGUGAGCUAGCGCUAGCAUCCCCCUAAGAGAUGAUUCGACACAAAUGAAACUGACGUCCAAUGUUAACUUUUGAUCUGAAACUACUGUUAGAGUUUGUGCUUCCUCGGGUUACUUAUCAAUUGAACAUUAAUGCAUUCUAAUGGUUCUUUUACUUGUUUUCAUUCAGCUAUGCAGCUUACCAUCUAUGAGAUGUGGCAAACUUCAAAAUAGAAGCAUCGUAGGAAAUAAAAUAUACAAGCGCAUGGCAAAAGCUGACUGUUUUUAUUGUUCUGUUCUGUUGCUUGAUUUUACUGUUAUUGUUGCUUUUUUUUGUUAUCGUUGUGCACUUUGAGAUUUGUUUUCAAAUGUAAAGUGCGUUACAAAUAAAAUCUAUUAUUAUUAUUAUUAUUAUUAUUAUAAAAGAUAUAUUUUUUUAAAUGCAUGACAAUCCUUUCUUUAGUGAGGCACUCAGUGUGUUUGGAUGAAACUGAUUUAUUGUCUUGGUCUGACUUAAAACACACUAAGUCAACUCCUAACAGUCUGGUUAACAUACCUGCAUAAUGUGGUUAGGGAUCGAUUUACUUUUCUAUCUAAACAACCCAAUCAAACUGAAACUGACCUGAGCUUUCUGCACAUACUCCAGUGUUUGCACUCUGGGCUUUGAGCCUUUAGUUGGAUGGCAUGGAUACAUUGCUAGGAAGCCGUGUAGUAACGAAAACCUGAACAGACAAGGACAGGAGGUUAAACAAACAGUGCAGAGCUGUAAAAGUGACUGUUUUAUUGUUCAGCAUAUAUCCAGUUUGCCUUUUGCUGGUGCAUUUUGCUGACUGUUUAGAUAAGGGAACAUCAACCAGGAGAUGACCUGAUAGUAAUGAGUGGAAAGGGGCAUGUUGCCACCUUCAGUUGCAGAGGCCAACAUGUUCCUGUCAAUAAUAACCCAGUCCAUGUAGACCAGGACAAGGACAGAAGUCCAGUUAAACCACUUCAACCAUAACUCGACUUCUUUUUCAAGUCCUUCAUAAACUAAGUUCAGCAGAUUUAAAUGCUGCCCGUUUUUGGGGAACUCUUCAAACUCUUUUCCUUCCUCUUUUUACCCAUUUCAUUACUGGAACAUGUUCUAUGAGUUUCUUUAUGCACCAAACACUCUAUAAAUUGAAAUCACACACACACACACACACACACACACACACACACACACACACACACACACACACACACACACACACACACACACACACAGACUGCUGGUAUAUACGGUAACACUGUCUAAUUGAAUAAAUUUUACAUUCCCUGAUUACUUUAAUCUACCAUCCAUUAGGCACAGGCUCUAUUAAACAUCACUGUCAGCAUAGCCUGAGUUGCCUGCUGUUGUUUUUGUGUUUGUGUGUCAGUGUGUGAGUCAGUAUGUGUGUUUGUAAUGGCCACGUAUGAGAAAGACUUCCCAAGUGUGCUUUGAAGUUGUCAAUUGUACGUCCUGAAGUAAUACACACACAGCACAUUAAAUACCACCUUGUCUUUUGUUUCAGGACCAAACAUCUUGGUUGUUACGGCAACAGCUGCUGCUCUUCUUCUUCUUCUCACUGUAAUUACCUCUGAUUUAAAGGGUCAGCUGUUAAAUGAUCUGUGUUCAUGUCUGCUGGAUGUUCUCAGAGCUCUUACGAAAAAAUGCAAUGCAAGGCGUAAAACCAUAAAUAGCGUAAAAGACAGGAAAUCUGGAAGUUUCUUAGCUGGAACAAACUGCCACCACAACAGCAGGAGGUGGUUUGUGGGUGGAUUAUUUAUCUGUAAUAUUUUUUAUGUAUGUGGAGAGCUUCCUGCAGAGAUUUAAGUGGGCUGUCAAACAAAAUGAAGUUUGCUUCCAGCUUCAAUUAUAAGUCAUACUCAACGUCAAUGUAGGUGUGCUUUGGGAAGAAAUAAGGCCAACAAAUUAUGCAAGAAUUCAAAAUUAGACAUUAAAAGCCUGUAAAUUUAAUAACUUACCAAUGAGGGAUGACAGCUGCUUAAAACAGCACAUGAGAUUUCAUAAAGCAAAACAAAUACAAUAACAGAAACAGAAACAUGCUGCAAACAACAAACAAAACAAUUAGAAGCAAAUGUGGGGCUAAUGCUGAAAGGGUGCAAAAUCAAACACACUGAUGCAAAAAAGAAAACACUGCAGCAAACCUCAGUUAACAAAGGAAAAGCAGAAUGAAGCAGAUCCAAAUCCAACAAUGACAUUCCUGGCACUGAAUUUGAGCAAUUUACUUUAAUCAAACCACAAAUGAGAUAAGAAUCGUGGUUGGAGGAACAGCAGACAGCCAGAUGGGAGGGUUUAACAGAGGCAAAACCUCUGACAUUAUUCACUAAUUUCCCUAAAAUCUCGUCCAGCUGCUGGGCAGAAUUUUCAUGUGUGUAAAUCUAGGUUAUUCUGAUUUCUUAAAUAGACAUACAAAAACUAAGACAUUAAACCAGGAGGGAAAUGCUGCACCUAAAUGAACAGCUAACCACCUCUGUGCAAAAGCAAUGUACAGUAUUAACAAUGUGUUAUGUUAACAACUUGCAAAGCAAUGCAAAAAUUCUAUGUGUAAUUACAUCUGUGGAAGAUCACAGAAAACAAAACAGUUAGACUGUUUAUACUGCAUUGAGUUUAGAGCGGAGAAAGAUGGAGAUGGGUAGAGGUGAGACUGGUGUAUGUCGAAGCAGCUGGAAAAGCAAGCAGGUCCACAGCAUCAAAUGUCUGCAGCAGAGAUUGAGAGGAACCUACAGGGUGCUGGAACUCAGGGACUCCCAGAAAAGACUGUCUAGCUGACCAUUCUGCGGAAACAUUAGCAGCAUCUCUGCAAGCAGCACAAACUGGGAUAUCUCCAGCUUAAUUUUCUGUAAACUAAUGUCCCUUUGAGUGAAUGAACCAUCUCUUAACUUAUCUUCCAGCAGAAUUUCUGCCCUCACCUGUCCUGAUCUCACAUUUAGUUCCUGUUAGUUUGUCUGUUCUGUGCUACUGCAGAAAACAUGGCUGUGCAACAUGUCAGCCUCCGGUGUGAGGACUUGCUGCUUCUAUAAUUUCAUGAUUAAAAGUCAAUAGAAAUGGAAUAACACAUUUGUUAUAAUUUGGCAGCAGCUGAGAGCUUCCUCUCUCCCUGCUCUGCUACUUCGGCCUCAUGAUGAACUUCAUGGGCUAGUUUCAUGUGAAUCUGUCCACUGAAGGGAGAACUUUGUUUGAUCUCUUUUUGAACUUUGAGAGACAUGAAGCAUCACUGCCUGCAGAUUCACCUUGACCAUUGUGUGUAGCAGCAAACAGAUCCCACUGUUCCUAACCUUUCUCCAUGCUCCUCUGAAGCUUAACAGGUCUUAAAUCUAUCACCUCUUCUGAAGCUCUGGAGGAUUUCUACUGUGUCAAACCCAUGUGGAACAUGCUUGCUGAUGAUUUGUACAAGCCAGACAUUGCAAAACUUCAUACUGCAUGGGAAAACAAGGGAUCUACUGCCAACUACCAUUUAUCUUCCUUUCUUUUACAUGUUUUCUGACAGUUCCGGGAGGUUGGGAUGUUUCACAGAAAAGCCAAAUUUCAAACAGAAAAGUUUCAUCCCAAAAGUCGAACAUUUCACUCAUUUGCGUAGGAUAUCCUUUAUAGGUUAGCUGAGGUUAAGAUGCAGGUUUGAGACUCUUAUAAAACAAAUGUCAGUUUUAUAACCCAUUUAAAUUAAGUGAAGGGGAGCAUCCUGAAUGUACUGAUGAUGAAGUCAGGGUCGUAAAAACAAGUGACGUCAAUGAAUAUCUUAUAUAAUACAGCCUGAUUCCACAACAAUACACAAGAAGUCCAGACAGCAAACAGCCCUCUGACAUGCUACAUAAAAACCAACAACCAUAACCUCCACAAACCUUUCACUGUAUGCACACUGGGCUAGUAUGUUUUCCAUAUGUCAGCUUGAGGAUAAUGAUGUGACUGGAAGUACAAAGAAAACAAAGAGUUUCUGAGGAGCUCAUUAGUUUUUGUUUUUAAUGUCUGCAUUUUAUUACUGCCUACUAUAAUUUCAAUGAAUGCCUAUGAGCUUAAUUUACAAGUUUUAGGGACAUACUGGUCGCAAAUAUGGAUUUUGGAAUUAAUUUAAACAAAGAAGCGUUGUGUGUUCCAGAAGUUUGAAUCAUGAAUCACAUGAGUACACAUUACAUCAUCUUUAGGCUGCAAAUUCAAUUAGUAUCUUUGCUGCAUGGAUAGAAAAAAUCAGGACAAAUAUCUAUUUUCAAAAUAACACUAUGAUACUGUAUAAUUGUUUCUUAUCUCAUUUUUUAUGUCAUUGAUAUUUCUGUCUGGGGAUGUUUUUGUUAUAAUAUCAUCAGUGAAUUACAUUUGAGUCAGUCUCCUUCAGCAGAACUGGUGGCAGCUGAUGCAGAUUUGGGCAAUUAACAGGUUCAUCUCAGGUGAGAGCUCCUCAUCCUGUGCUUUGUGUGUCCAGUACCAUCACCAUACCAUACUAGAGAACAUUAUUUGUUUGAUUGGUAUAUUCUCAAUGAUUCCACUAACCUUACCUGUACAUAUCCCAGACAAUUGGUGGAGUUCCUCUAGUGUGAAAAAAACUGCAUUUACUCGAGUGUCCACUUGGGGCUGUCUGAAAAAGACACUGACACCCAUAAAACAUAAAUGUUUACAGCAGAAUUUAACAUUUACAGCCUGAUCCAAAACAUCUCUGUUCAUGACUGCUCAGUUUUCAUUACCUCCACCAAGCGUUGGUUUGUUUGUUUGUUUGUUUGUUUGUUUGUCUGUUAGCAACUUUACGGAGAAAGUUACAGACGGAUUGACCUGAAAUUUUCACCGGAGGUGCGUCUCAGCCCCAGGACGAUCUCAUUACAUUUUGGUUGUGAUCCGGAUCGUCUUCUGGAUCCCGGAAUCUUUUGAAGGAUUCUUUAUCAUUGUGAGAUAGGGCAAAUUUUGGAAUUUUUGCAUUCAACUCUAUAAAAAUGUCCAGAGUCUUUAAUAAAAAAUUACACAAAAGGAUCUCAAUGAGUUUUAUGAGGUGUCAAAGGUUGAUCCUGAUCCAGACAAAAUUCCGGAUACUGUGAUCCAGAACACACACAAAAAAGGGUGUCGUUGGAAUUUUCAAUGCUGAAAGAUAACCAAUGGGCGGCACAGUGGUGUAGAUGGGCGGCACAGUGGUGUAGUGGUUAGCACUGUCGCCUUACAGCAAGAAGGUCCUGGGUUUGAAUCCGGGCAUUUCUUGUUUUAGGAACAUUAUGAACAGUGAACAUGCCAGUUUAAACACAAAUAAAAGUUAAUAAAAGACACGUAACAGUAAAAUUUUUGGUGUGAAUCACAAUAUAAGGGGGGACAUGAGCUGCUUGGCGGAGGUCUGCACUCUCCUAGUGGUUUUCUAGUUAAUAAUGCAUAUGUUUUGUUGUAGGCCAAGAAUUACAAGAGUACCUGGUUGCAAACAGAGUGGAGCUCUGCAAGCGCAUGAACAGUGGAAAGUUGGACCACUGAUUUGUUAUUAUCUCGUCACUUGUCAAGUUCCUUUGGAUGUGUUCAAGCAGCAUAAACAAUAGAGAUGAGUGUUUUUUACAGGAUUAUAUAUAGAGCAUUCAUUCAUGUGUGUGUGUGUGUGUAUGUGUGUGUGUGGGUGGGGGGGGGUGGGGGUCAGUGAGGACAUCAUUUUAAAAUUAAGGUGUAAAACUUUAGGAUUGUAUGUAAGAGUAAUUUUGACUCUCUCAUAAUAACUUUUUAUCUAAUGAUCAGGAGCAUUCCUUUCAAAAUGGACUUUUUAUUCUCCAUAACUUUUUAUCAUUAUCUAUGAUUUGUUUUAUCCCCCAAAUGAAAACAAUCCGUUCAAAAAUAUGGCUGUUCUUCACGGCAAUCACUUUAAAUCUCCCAAAUUUAACUAUGUGUCUCUUAAUAAUGACAUAGUGUUACUUACUGUGUUAUCAUAAUGACUUUGAUCUUGUAACUUUCUCCUGCACACAUACAUUUAUGGCUGAAUAUGAAAAUGUAGAAACUGAGAACGAAAAAUUCUGAAUAAUAAGAAAAAUUUGUCACAUAAGGAGAUUUAGAAUAAUUUGAAAUUAAAAAGGAAAGUAAAUCAAUGCCUUUUCAACUCACAAUUUUUUCUGAAAAAAAUAAAAUAAAAAUAUAAACUAAUUUUAUUUCAAAAGUAAAUAACAACCCUCAUUUUUCCCAAAUUUCUCUUGAAUUUGAGGAAACUUUACAGUCAUUUUCCUUUUUUGUCUGAUAUUUUUACUGCCUUUAAAUCAUCCAAUACCACUGCUCCGCUUCAUCCAUGUUAGAUAAAUGUAAUGACACAGAAAUAUCUUGACUGUGUCAAAUGUCCAAGAGUAUGAUAUAUUUCUCUGCAUUCAUGGACUUUAAGGAUUAUAAAGAUUAAUAGUAAUAAUCUGAGAAAACUCCUCAUAGUCCAGACAAACCAGAGCAGCAAUUUCUUUUUGUCAAUUACUUUUAUAUCACACUGAAGCAACAAUAAAUAUCAGUCUGAUACAGCAACUUUUCACAGGAAACAAAUGUUUUAUUGAGCCUUGAUCCAGAGGGACCCUUUAAAAUCACCACCCACGUGUUCAGGGGACUCAUAACACUGAAAACCUGUUGACCUCUAGUUGAAUUUUCUUCUUUUUCUCUGAUACAUUUUCAGGACAUGUUUCAUAUCAUAAAAGCAAACAAGCCACGGCAGGAGACGUAAGAUAAUAUAAAAUGAACCUUUAUUCAUCCCACGGUGGGGAAAUUUGCAAUAUCUGACAGAUCUGAUAUGGAGAAAAAAAAACACUAAAUUAUAUCGUUUUUAGAAAGUUUGUUUUGUUUUUGUACAGCAGUGGUCAUGCGAUGAGAUAAGAAGUUUUUUAAAUUUGUUUCUCUCCACUGAAUUUAUUGUUUUUUAAAGAUAACAUCAGGGACAAACAAUCCCAAAGAUUUAGGAGAAAUUAGAUGCAUACCAAACAAAUCUCAAUGUCCCAGGAGGUUAUGCAGCUCAGGGUAAGGACCUUUGGGAUGUCAGCACUUUAAAGGAUAAAAGUGCAACUUUUCCACAGAAAGAACCCUGCUGAUAUCUGUGGGGGCUUAGGCCAACUGCGAUCAUCAUAGCUGGGUUGUAUGUCAACUUUAUGGUGGAGAGGAUCUGAACAUUUGUGCCUAUUCAGGGAGUCCUUCAGAGAGUCUAAUCUCAACAGAUAAUCAGGGUUGGUGCAGUGGGAGAAAGACUCGAGUCACAUAAAAGUAGGUAACCUAAAACUGAACUUAAAUUACUCAUUUGUUUGGAUGCAGAUCAAAAAGAGCAGAUGUGAUGAUAACUUCUUUGCAGAAGGAAUUUUGCCAAAAUCAGUGUUACAUACUCACCAUAUCAGGGUGAAAAGUAGACUUCAAGACAACUGUACACUUUUACUGCAUAAUAUAACACUGCAGACAGGCUGAGAAGAACAACCUGAAUGAUAAAUCACAGAGGUCAUGUAGAUGCAUACCCAAACUGCAGUAGGUUGUUAAAGUUUUCUUUUUUUCAAUAAGUACAGUGUCUUAGUAAUAAAACAUGGGAUACAAGUUUAAUUUAAUGUCACUGUUGUCUCAGUUGUGUGUGGGUGAGCCCAACAUAAUACUAAAAUUCUUUUUUACAAAAUUUCCCCUUUGGGAGCGAUAAAGUUCUUUUUAGAAAGACUCAAAAAAAUUCAUUAACAUAUCAAUUUGAAGAAUAAAAGGUGCAGCAAGACUGAAUUACAUACUUAUUACCAGUGUUGUGUAAGUAGCAAUAGUUAGGUACAGUACUUGAGUAUAAUUUUAAAGUAUCUGUACUUUUUUAUCUGUACUACUUUUUUCCCCUUUACCUAAUGUUAAUUUACGUUGCACUUGAUCAUCGUCAAUCAGUCACUCAAGCCCGAGCAUGUCCACAGCCACUUGCAGGCUGUGCAGUUGCUUGCAUCCACCUUAAUGUCCAGUGGCUGCUUUGAUGGUUCUCAUUGUGCCCAACAUCUGUCCUAAAUUCUUUGACUGUUGGAGGAUGCACUAUUGUGUCUCCUGAUCAGUGCUGUAAUCAGGGGUCUGUCCCUCCCAUUUAUUUUUCUUAGCUGUUGCUUGCACCCACCUAAAUGUCCAGUGUCUGUUUGAUGGUUCUCGUCAUGCCCAACUUCUGUCCUGAGUUCCUUCUUGACUGUGGAGGAUAUUGUUUCUCCUGAUUGUUAGAGAGAGAGAGAGAGAGAGAGAGAGAGAGAGAGAGAGUGUGUGUGUGUGUGUGUGUGUGUGUGUGUGUGUGUGUGUGUGUGUGUGUGUGUGUGUGCCCCUCUCUGUCCAUUUAUUUUUCUAAGCUGUUGCUUGCACCCACCUCAAAGUUUGCGGUUUGUGCUUAUUUGGGCAUAAGUGACUUUUGCAAAAACUAAAAAUAUAUUUAUUUGUACUUUGACUUUUUACUUUUACUUGGAGUACAUUUACUUGGGUACUUUUGAUACUUACACUACAGGCCAAAAGUUUGGAAGCAAGAUCAGAUUUGUACAAAAAAAGAUCAUAGUUUCAUAUAUAUAAUUUGCAACACAAUAAACAUGACUUUUGUGUAAAGAGUAACUUAUCAGAAGAUGUUUUGGCUAUAAUUAUUAGGUAUUUGAGUUAUUGUUGCUUAGACUUUGCUUUCCUUAAAGUAACCUCCUCUGGCUUUAACAACAGCUUGGCAUAUACCAGGCAUUCGUUCCACAAGUUUUUUAAGGUAUGUUCCAGGGACUGCAUUCCAAGUUUUCUUAAGUUCAUUCAAAAGACACAGCUGAUUCUUGGGACACGCUUUUCUGACCGAUCAAUUCAAUUCAUCCCGCACAAGCUCAAUUGGAGAAAGGUCUGGAGACUGAGGGGGCCAAGCC